AAAUCUGAGCCAGUGGGGUGAGCAGUGCAAGGCUGAGGAGAGAUGCAUGAAAACAGACCACAGAUGGGCGAGAUAAACAGGCUCCCUGGGCUGUGACUGAGGAGGCAGGUCUCUUUAAUGGCUCUUAGCAACGCCCCUGCUCUGACCCUCCCUAUAUUGUGCUGAUCUCUGGAUAUCCAUCCUUGCAUCUCUGCUGAGGAAGACUCUGCAUCUUUAAUCGGAUUGCUUGAGCUCCCAUGCACAACCUUCUUCUUAUUAGCAAGUAUUAGAGAUGGCUAACAGAGGACCAAGCUAUGGCUUAAGCCGAGAAGUUCAGGAAAAGAUUGAACAGAAAUACGAUGCAGAAUUAGAGUCUAGACUGGUGAACUGGAUUAUUGUACAGUGUGGAGAACAGAUAGAGCACCCUCCUCCUGGAAGGCAACAUUUUCAGACCUGGUUGAUGGAUGGAACACUGUUAUGCAAGUUAAUAAACAGUUUGCAUCCAAAGGGAAAUGAGCCUAUUGCAAAGAUCUCUGAAUCAAAAAUGGCUUUCAAGCAGAUGGAACAAAUAUCUCAGUUCUUAAAAGCUGCUGAAAUCUACGGAGUAAGAACAACAGAUAUUUUCCAGACAGUGGAUUUAUGGGAAGGGAAGGACAUGGCAGCAGUGCAGAGAACCUUGAUGGCUUUGGGCAGUUUGGCAGUCACCAAGGAUGAUGGCUGCUACAAAGGAGAUCCGUCCUGGUUCCACAGGAAAGCACAGCAGAAUCGACGAGGAUUUUCAGAAGAGCAGCUUCGGCAGGGACAGAAUGUAAUAGGCCUUCAGAUGGGGAGCAACAAAGGAGCAUCACAGUCGGGUAUGACAGGCUAUGGGAUGCCAAGGCAGAUUAUCUAAAAGCAUCUCUCUCUGUGGAGAAAACACUCUUUCUGCAGCAUGGUCUAUUAGGGAAAAAAAAAAAGAAAAAGAAAAAAAUGCUUAUUAGUUCCUUUUCUGCCUGGUUUUUAAAAGUUAGGCUCUCUAAGGUUUGGGGUAUUUUUGGUUUGGUUUGUUUUCUUUGCAGCUGCAAGAGCUCACCUAGGAACUUGGGUUUUUGUGGUGGUAUGUGUCAGUUCACAGCACGUGCGCACUGCUGCCUCCUACUUUUCACUUCUGAACUAUGCAAAGGCAAUUAUUCUGUAUUAAUUUAUUUGCAAAGUGUUAUCUUCCAUAUUUGUCUCACGCUGCACUUGUAUUUCAACCAAUAACCUCAUUCUUCAAUUAGUGAUGAUAUUGUUUGACUGAAGAAUAAAGACAAAAUAAAGAUA